GUCACACUUUUAGGCGCGAAAUCUACCGCAUAAAAUAAUUUUUCGCACUUCAAGCAGUCAACAGUGGCCAAUUAAGUAAACAAGAUGAAGUGCAAGAUACCCGAAAUCUCGUGGCACAACCGCGAUCCCGUCCUGAGCGUGGAUAUACAGCUGAAUGGACUGGGAUUGCGUUCGCCGGCGAUCUGUCGUCUUGCCUCCGGUGGUACAGAUGCCCAUGUACUCAUUUGGUAUGUGAAUCGCAGUGAUGAUGCUGAGGGUGUGGACUUGGAACUAGCCGUCGAUUUGUCCCGCCAUCAACGUGCCGUCAAUACAGUUCGGUGGUCUCCAAAUGGGGAGCUGCUAGCCUCCGGUGAUGACGAGAGUGUUGUCUUCAUUUGGAAACAAAAGGCCGAUCAUGAAGUUAUCAACAUAGUGGACGCCGAUGGAUGCAGUGAACAGGACAAAGAGGUCUGGACGACCUUGAAGGUCUUGCGAGGACAUCGUGAGGAUAUCUACGACCUCAGUUGGGCGCCCAACUCUCAGUUUCUUGUCACUGGAUCUGUUGACAACACAGCGAUGCUGUGGGAUGUUCACAAAGGUAAAUCAAUGGCAAUUCUCGAUGACCACAAAGGCUAUGUGCAGGGCGUGGCCUGGGAUCCCUGCAAUCAGUAUAUCGCCACCAUGAGCACCGACAGGCAAAUGCGUAUUUUUGAUGCCAAUACCAAGAAAGUUCUCCACCGAGUGGGAAAGUGUGGAUUUCCAGUGAAAGAGGGCCACGAGAUGCACGGCAAGAACAUACGACUGUACCACGAUGGCACCUUGCAGACCUUUUUCCGCCGUUUGUGCUUUACUCCCGAUGGAAAGCUGUUAAUUACGCCGGCGGGAAUUACGGAUUAUGAUGGCGUGGUGAAGCCUAUAAACACCACCUACGGAUUCAGUCGCUAUGAUCUAUCAAAACCCGCGUUUGUGCUGCCCUUCCCAAACGAAUACGCGGUGGCUGUUCGCUGUUCUCCAGUUCUGUACCGUCUGAGACCGUACAAUGAGGAAAAGAACCCACCAAUCAUCACGCUGCCUUACCGCAUGAUCUAUGCCGUUGCCACAAAGAAUUCUGUGUUCUUCUACGACACCCAGCAACCAGUGCCGUUUGCCAUUGUCUCAAACAUCCACUACACCAGGCUUACGGAUCUGACCUGGUCAAGUGAUGGCACUGUUCUGAUUGUUUCCAGUACCGAUGGUUUCUGCUCGUUGUUGACCUUCGAAGCGAAUGAGCUGGGAGAGCGCUAUGAGGAUACGGAAGCAUUGCUGAGCGCUGUUAUGAAAUCUUCAGAAAAUUUGCCGCUGCCGAAGAAGAAAAAGCCUAAGCUACGCAAGGUAUCAUCGGAUGAGGUGGUGGCCAUAAGGAAACCACUGCAGGAGAAGACCAAACCGAAUACAAACAGGAAGGCUGCAGAGUCAGGGAUUAGAGAGGAAGGCGAACCCGAUCUGGAUGCUGAAAACGAUUCAUCAUUGCUCAGCGCUAGUUCGUCCAACUCUAACAGUCCGAAAACGAAAUCUAAAAACGACGUCAAGCCCACACCCAUUGCCAUCCGUCGCUCGCCUCGAAAAGUAUCAGCAGCGCCCAUGCCGAUUGCUAUACGUAGAGCUCCGCGUAAGCCUGAAGAUGGACAGGAAAUCAAAACACAGCCAAAAGGAGACAGUACGCCCAGCUCCACUGAAACACCUAAAGUGGAGAAAACGGAGACCAAGACAUCACCUGUAAAGCGAAAGGUUAGCACGGAGGCAGUGCCUCCAACAGAGACAACACAGCCAGCGACAGUUAUUCCAAUUAUCGACAAGGAGAUUAUCAGUUCCGAAGAGAAGUUCGAGUCGCCCGAAAAGAAGUCUCGUCCUGCCACGCCCAUUCAAGUGCGUCGUCAGCCGAGAACUCCCGGGAGCUCCAGCAAUUUUAAUCUAACGCCGAAGAGCCAACCUGCCAAACAAGCCACACCCAUUGCCGUGAGGCGCACUCCCCGCGUGCUCAUCGAAAUGCCUGUUAACUCACCUGUAGUGCCAAUGGAGGAAGCCAUGGAUGCCUGGCCCCUCGAGGAGGGCAUCACACCCCUGCCAACGACAAAGAAAGAUUCACAAGAUUCUUUACCGGAAACAAAGAAGACGGAAUCGAAGCCAACUGUAAUCGCAGCCAGCGAAGUCACCUGCGAGCGUACUGAGGACAUCCGUCUUGUCUACGAAGAUACGCAGGAAGAAACCCCUGUAAAGGCAGCGGUAUCGACACCAUCCACGCCCAAUAAUAAGACUCCACGACGGGUGUCCUUGCGAACCAUAUCCACGCCGAAAUCGAAAAAGAAACUUAUAGAGUAGUCAGUGAAUAAUGCAAUAGAUUAGUCGUAAGAAAUUUAUUUUAGAGGAAUUCUUGAAAUGUUAAAGCAUUUUGGGGCUACCCCAUAGAUCCUAUAAUAAAAUAUAUAACCAUCAA